UGCUGGAGCGUAGUCAAUGGGAAGGGAACGCCGCGUUGGAAAAAGCGCACACUGUUUAGCCAACUUUCAACUGCACCAUGGUUUGCACCUCAGUUUCGUGUGUGUGGAUUAUAUUUUGCCUUCAUUUAUGUUUUUAUGUGAACACUGGAAUAGCACAGAACACAAGAGAGGUGAUCCUGCUGGAUUCAAAGGCGCAGCAGACAGAGCUGGAAUGGAUAUCGUCUCCUCCAAGCGGGUGGGAAGAGAUCAGCGGCUUGGAUGAAAACUACACACCCAUUCGCACAUACCAGGUCUGCCAGGUCAUGGAGCCAAAUCAGAACAAUUGGCUACGGACUAACUGGAUUGAGAAGGGCGAUGCCCAGAGGAUUUUUGUGGAGCUGAAGUUUACCUUGAGGGAUUGUAACAGCCUUCCAGGGGUGGUAGGCUCUUGCAAGGAGACAUUCAACUUGUACUACCAGGAAACUGACGUGGAGGUGGGCAGGAAUAUAAGGGAGAGUCAGUAUGUGAAAAUUGACACUAUAGCCGCGGACGAGAGUUUCACUCAGGGUGACCUGGGGGAAAGAAAGAUGAAGCUCAACACAGAGGUGCGUAUAAUUGGGCCCCUUUCUCGCCGAGGCUUCUACCUAGCCUUUCAGGAUGUAGGCGCCUGCAUCGCUUUGGUCUCCGUCAAAGUGUAUUAUAAGAAGUGUUGGUCGAUUAUUGAGAACCUGGCCACGUUCCCAGAUACAGUGACAGGUUCGGAGUUUUCAUCUCUAGUGGAGGUGGAGGGCACAUGUGUCAACGACGCAGAGGAGGAGGCCGACAAUUCUCCCAAAAUGCACUGCAGCGCAGAAGGAGAAUGGCUGGUGCCCAUUGGGAAAUGUAUAUGCAAAGCUGGAUUUCACCAGAAGGGAGAUGCAUGUGAACCCUGUGGUCGUGGAUUCUACAAGUCUUCAUCUCAGGAUCUCCAGUGUUCCCGUUGUCCCGCACACAGUUAUAAUGACAGAGAGGGCUCGUGGAGAUGUGACUGUGAGGAUGGCUACUACAGAGCCCUCUCCGACCCCCCUUCAGUCGCCUGCACUAGGCCACCAUCAGCUCCUCAGAAUCUGCUUUACAACAUCAACCACACCACCGUCAGCCUGGAGUGGACCCCGCCGGCUGACACGGGCGGGCGAAACGACGUGACGUACCGGAUUAUAUGCCGCCGCUGCACCUGGGAGCCCGAGGAGUGCUUUCCUUGCGGGAGCAACGUUGGCUACUCACCGCAGCAGAGUGGAUUAACUGACACCUACGUCACCAUCACCGACCUGUUGGCUCACGCAAACUACACCUUCGAGGUCGAGGCUGUGAACGGCGUGUCUGACCUCAGCCGAACCCAACGUCUAUUUGCAGCCGUCAGCAUCGCAACCAGCCAAGCAGCCCCGUCUCAGGUGAGCGAGGUGAUAAAGGAGCGAGUUCAGCAGCAUAGUGUUCAGCUCUCCUGGCAGGAGCCCGAUCAACCCAACGGCGUCAUCACCGAAUACGAGAUCAAGUACUAUGAAAAAGACCAGAAGGAUCGCAUUUACUCCACCGUGAAGUCAAAGUCCACUUCAGCCACAGUCAAUAAUCUGAAGCCCAGCACGGCGUACGUCUUUCAGAUCCGAGCGUUCACCGCUGCCGGAUAUGGCAUCUUCGGGCCCAGACUGGAGGUCACCACUAAAGAGGAAUCCACUGGAUCUGGUGAGCAAAAGACCACAGUGAUCUCAAGUGAGCAGAAUCCAGUGAUCAUCAUUGCGGUGGUGGCAGUGGCUGGUACCAUCAUCCUGGUCUUCAUGGUGUUCGGCUUCAUCAUAGGGAGAAGACACUGCGGCUACAGUAAGGCAGAUCAGGAAGGGGACGAGGAGCUCUACUUUCAAUUCAAAUUUCCAGGCACCAAAACCUACAUUGACCCUGAAACCUACGAGGACCCGAACAGGGCCGUCCAUCAGUUCGCCAAAGAGCUGGACGCCUCCUGCAUUAAGAUUGAGAGGGUUAUCGGCGCAGGAGAGUUUGGAGAGGUGUGUAGUGGACGACUCAAGCUGCCGGGGAAGAGGGACGUGUCAGUGGCCAUUAAAACACUGAAAGUAGGCUACACUGAAAAACAGAGGCGAGACUUCCUGUGCGAGGCCAGCAUUAUGGGGCAGUUUGAUCACCCUAAUGUGGUGCAUCUAGAAGGGGUCGUCACAAGAGGAAAACCAGUCAUGAUAGUAAUUGAAUACAUGGAAAAUGGCUCAUUAGAUGCAUUCCUCAGGAAACAUGAUGGACAGUUCACUGUGAUUCAGUUGGUGGGAAUGUUGCGUGGAAUCGCAGCCGGGAUGAGAUACCUCUCUGACAUGGGUUACGUUCAUCGCGAUCUGGCAGCGCGAAACAUCCUUGUCAACAGCAAUCUCGUAUGUAAAGUGUCCGACUUCGGCCUGUCCAGAGUGAUUGACGACGAUCCCGAGGCUGUCUACACAACAACGGGGGGAAAGAUCCCGGUUCGGUGGACGGCGAUGGAAGCCAUCCAGUAUCGUAAAUUCACAUCAGCGAGUGAUGUGUGGAGCUAUGGGAUUGUAAUGUGGGAGGUCAUGUCCUAUGGGGAACGGCCUUACUGGGACAUGUCCAAUCAAGAUGUCAUAAAGGCUAUUGAGGAGGGAUAUCGUCUUCCCGCCCCCAUGGACUGCCCUCCUGGCCUCCAUCAGCUCAUGCUGGACUGCUGGCAGAAAGACAGAGCAGAUCGGCCCAAAUUUGACCAGAUUGUAGGCAUUCUGGAUAAAAUGAUCCGCAACCCUAACACCUUAAAAACGCCAAUGGGAACGUGUUUGCGACCCAUAAGUCCACUGCUUGACCAGAACACUCCAGAUUUCACCUCUUUCCGAUUGGUCAGCGAGUGGUUGGAAGCCAUCAAGAUGGAGAGAUACAUGGACAACUUCACAGCCGCCGGCUACAGCUCGCUUGAAUCUGUGGCUCGAAUGACUAUCGAGGACGUAAUGAGUUUGGGAAUCUCCUUGGUGGGCCAUCAGAAGAAGAUCAUGAGCAGUAUACAGACUAUGAGAGCCCAGAUGCUGCAUCUUCACGGGACGGGGGUUCAAGUGUGAUGGGCGUCCACAGCCCCUUCCCGGUCGGAUGAAGCUGAAGUCUCCAGGACAGCACCGCAAAGUGUGUGACACAGCAAACACAAAUCGGAAAAACUAAACAAUUAUCCAAAAAAACAAACGUUCCACACCCUUCCGGUGAGAUUAACCUUCCAGAACUGGCAGAACAGAAUCAUUCCUUUGUUAUGGCGAAGGAUUUGGGCGAAGGUGCUGAAAACCAAGAGACGAGGACAAAGAACACAGGUGGACAGUGACCUCCGGAUGCUCUCACGAACUCUUCACGUCAUUGAGACGGAGCAUUCCAGAGGAUUUUUAUGCUUUGUACGAACUGUCUUUACCGUCAAAAAGAUUGAUUUGCUCAUAGUUGCUAUAGAUUUUAUUGAUUUUGGUUUUUUUGUUAUAUAUAAAAGAAGCAAAUCCGGUUCAUAAGGAGUGAAUUUGGAGAUUUCGUUUGGUUUGUAAUAUCCACAUUUAUUCAAUGUGGUGCGUUACUCUUCUACUCGAUUGAUUUUGUGUUAGCUUGUUUUCUCGGAUUGUGUUACGGAACUGACAACAGGGUAAAACGUCUCAUCUGGAGGGAAAGAGACAGAACCAGAGGCUGAAAGUCGACAGAGGAGGUUUGUCCUCUCCAGCCAGCACUAUUUACAUGAAGCUCUCUCCAGACUGAAGAGAAAGUCGGCCCGACUUGUUUUUUAUUUUGAUAUAUCAAGCAGUAAUAUCCCACCGCUUGGUAAUAUGUGAAGCUCCUGAGGGUGGCUGGUUGUGUUUAAGAACAGCCCGAGCAGACGGUUAGGUAUAUUUUCAUGAUCUUACAUUACAAUUCAGAUGUGAAUUAGUACAAAGAGAUUCGCUAACCACUUGAGGUGGAGCUUUUUUUAAAAUGUAAGAACAACUAUUACGGUGGCAAUAUUCUUUAUAAGUUUAUAUUUACCACAUGAAUGGAUUUAUCAGUGCUGUUAUUGAAUGUGUCCUUUUUUAAUAUUGAUAUUAUUUACCGUAAAUACAUGUUUCCACACAAACGGGGAGAAAACGAUGUUCAUUUCGGAAACAAAAUCAUUUGUUGGUUUAGUAUCAGUUUCCUAGUCGAUGACUGAUUUUGAAAUCAUACAAUGGUGUGGUGUAAAGGAGUAAUACUGCCUUAAAUCAAGUCAACUAUUGCUCUUAUUUUUAGGUACUUCGCUUCUUUGUGAGAUUACGGUUGAGUAGGGGAGAGACUGACCAAUAUGAGCAAUAAUUUGAGGUGCUGUAUAGAGUUUUACACACAGACUGCUUGGAAGUCAGAGGCAGUACUGUGAAAUUUGAUCAAAGAGAGUUGCUGAAUUUAUAUACUGUACGAGGAUCUUGACGUUUUGGUGCGUUUCUUCCACCCUUUUUUCGAGUGCUGAGCUCAUAGAUGAGAUUUAUGUUGGUGUUUUAGUGCCAUAACAGCCUUCCACUUGACUGAAUGUUUCGUUGACAAUUAAAUGUUACGCAUUUUAAGGCCCUGAAAUACUCACAGCAAAGUCCAUUCUCUCUCUUUUUUUAUUUUUUGCUUAAGUCAGAAUUACCUUUGCAGAUUUGCACCAGCUCUGCAAUGCAGCACCCCAGACACGUCACGCUUAUUUUUAAUAGCACUUUAUACAGUAGAUUGAUUUAAAGCAAGCGUCUUUAUAGUAUGAAAAAUAGUGCUUAGAAUUAUACUUCAGUAUUUACUAUAAAGCAUUAUAGACAUUAAACUUAGAUGAACAGCGGAAAUUAAACCAAUAUAUCAAGCCACACCUUCUUAUAAUGUAACUCAAAGGCAUUAAAAUGCCUUAAAAUAUUCAAAUGAAUGUUCUUUUGGGCAUGUUUGUUAGUUUUUUUUUCGAUUUUGCUUUAAGUAUAUCAGGGCCUUAAGUGUUAAAUAGUACUGUAGACCUUUUUAGACUUGAUUUGCUGGGUUGCCACCAUUUUAUACCAUUAAUGUGUCACAUUUUAAACACGCUAAACACGUUUUCAUUAUUCUGGGAAGCCAAUGCCACUUUAACCACAACAGCCGUGCCAACAUGUGGCAUUUUCCGUAAGUUGAAAGAAAGCCGUUGGAGCAAAGCAUCGUUGGAGGAUUCAGCCAAACGUUUGGCACUUCAACAACAACAAAAAAAGCCAUGCCAUCUCCAUUGUGAACCCAGCUGGUUUGUGUGUGCGUCUCUCGCGGAUCAUAUUGUGCCCUGGUUAGAGGCCCAUCUCCAAUCCGCUAUCCUUCCAUCCCGCUAACCUCAGCAUUGAGCCCACGCCAGGCCUUUGAAUUGAAUGCGAGCGGAAAGGCUCUCGGUCAGCACAAACCUCCCGAGCUUCGGCAGUGGCUUCAGUCACUCGGAUCAGCCUCCCCACGCUCUGAUCUCACACUCCGGCCUCCCGAGGGCCCCUCAAGGGCCCUUACCCUCUCCGGGGCCCCUGUAGAGACAGCAAUUUGAGCCAAUUUGAGAUUAACGCCUGGAUUCAAUCAAUCCCACAUUGAGGCCACCGUACGGGUCAAUGACAAAUCUGUCAAUUUUUUUUUCUUCUUUUCUGCUUUGUGCCGUUUUGAACUUUUCUGGUUUGAUAGUAGCGGAAUUUUGGGUCAAGACAGUUUGUGCUGUGGAUUGAUUGAGUUCACGGUGCAGCAGGGUAUUAAAGACUUCUAGAAAGACAGUCGUAAGCCCACCUAGACAAAAGUGAAGUGGAAUAUUCCAAAGAGUUCAGCACUGUUGAUUGUGUCAGAGUAAUCACAAACCAGAGGACGAUUUGUACAUGUUCUAGCUGUAAAACUUGUAUAUUUUAUUUAUAAUUGUUGUUUCUUUUUAUUUUACACUCAAGUACUCUGUAGUGAGCUCAUUGAAAAUGCACUAUAUUUUUCUAUCUCACAUGCAACCGAUUCUGGUCACCCUCACUCUUUCAGUUGUACAUAAUUUCUCAUGUAGGACCAAAGAGAGCUAAUAGGUUUCCAUUUUAGGAGAUUUUUUUGUUUCCUUUUCUCUUUUAGGUUGGAAAAAAUGUACAGUACAAAUGAAUUGUUGAUUUAUUAUUUAUUUUUCUGUGACAAGAGUAUGGAGAGUAUUCAUUGGUCAAAAAGUAUUUUCCCCAGUUGAGAAACUGUAUGGUCAUUUACCUAGACAAUUUCUUGUUACAUAGACCAUUUUUUUUUCUUUUGCUUUGUAACCUUUGUAAUAGACUGUACAUAUAUUUUUGGAAAUAUAAUGCAAUCUCUAUA